CUCCCCGUCCCGCCGCGCUGGCGGCCCCGCGGGUCAUCACCCGUGGGGGCGAUCUCUGGGCUGCAGCCCCUCCUCUCGGGGCGGGAACGAGCCACGUAAAAUCCCGGAAAAGUCUACGUCAAGCUUCAUAAAAUCAGGAAAGCGUAGAGUUGGUUUCGUUUCUGUUUCUCUGGGCAGCAACAGCAGCAGCAAAGACGAUGGCGGAGACUGCCUCGUCGCUCCUGAGCUUUGGGGAGCUUGAGGAGGACUUGACUUGUGCCAUCUGCCUCUGCCUCUUCAGCAACCCCGUGACGGUGCCGUGCGGGCACAACUUCUGCAGAUCUUGCCUGGACCUCUCCUGGGCCGGGCUGUCGAGCAAUUUCAGCUGCCCGCAGUGCCGAGCCACCUUCGCUUCCCUCCCGCAGCUGCAGAAGAACACGGUGCUGUGCCGGGUGGUGGAGCAGCUCCGAGGCUACGGGGUCGAGGAGGAUGAGGAGAAGGAGGAGGCGACGGGGAUGUGGGGAGAGGAGGAGGCUGCCCCCAUCUGCGACAGCUGCCAGCUGGCCCCGGCCGUGCAGACCUGCCUGACCUGCACUGCUUCUUUCUGCUCCGAGCACCUGCAGCCGCAUCGGGACAGCCCGGCCUUCCGCGACCACCAGCUCUGCCCGCCCCUGCGCGACCUGCAGCAGCGCAAGUGUCCGCAGCACAACAAGCUCUUCGAGUUCUUCUGUAGCCAGCACAGCAGUUGCAUCUGCUCCCUCUGUCUUCUCGAGCACAAGCUGUGUCACACCAUCCCCCUAGAGCAGGCCAGAGCCAACGUCAAUUCUGUGCUGAAGAAUAAGCUGGCAGAGCUGAAUAAGCAGAUAGAGAAAGCUGCUCAAGCCAUGACCACUGUGAAAACAAACCAAAGCCAAGCUGCUGAGACAGCUUCCAGGAAGAAAGAUUUGAUCAGAAAGGAGUUUUCAGAAAUUAAAGCUUUAAUUGAAGAAAGAGAAAAACAGGCCUUAAAAGUAAUUGCAGAUGAAGAAAAAAGAGUUAACAAUAAGUUUGACUUUACUUAUGGUGUUCUGGGAAGUAAGAAGAAUGAAAUUCAGUCUCUCCACGAUCAGAUUGAGAUGGCACUGACUGAAGCUGAUGACGUUCUGUUUCUGAAGAGAGCAACAGCACUGCAACGAAUAUCAACAAAAGAUGUUUUUGUCCCUGUAAUUGAAAUGGAUCAAAACAUGAUGCAGUCCACUUUUCAGUCUGCUGUUAACCUUAAAGACACUGUGAAAACUUCAGUGACUCAGUGGAGGGAGAAGCUAGCAGAAGCAAAACUACCACCUGUGAAAAACAUGACUGCCCCAGUGGCUGCUCUAAGGAAAAUCCCUGGGAAAAAGGGUCCAGUACCAAAGGAGCAAAAGAAACUUGCUAAAGCUGCACCCACCACAGGAAUGCCAAACACUCCAUCUGUUGCUGCAACUAAAGAGCUGAUUGACAGCUUCCUGAAGAAAUCUAGAGGGGAGCUUUUGCAGUAUGCUGCUGACAUCACCCUGGAUUACAACACAGCUCAUAAUAAAGUGGCUCUGUCUGAGAGAUACAUCAGGAUGUCUGUCUCAGACACACCUCUGAAUUAUAACCACCACCCUAAGCGCUUCACUGAUUGUCCCCAGGUGCUGGGGUUCCAGUGCUUCAAGAGAGGCAUCCACUACUGGGAAGUGGAGCUGCAGCAGAACAGUUUCUGUGGCAUUGGCAUCUGCUAUGGCAGCAUGGAGCGGCACGGGCCGGAGAGCCGUCUGGGCAGGAACAGCAGCUCCUGGUGUAUUGAGUGGUUUAAUUCCAAAAUAUCAGCCUGGCAUAAUGAUGUUGAAAAGUGCUUACCCAAUGUGAAGACGACCAAGAUUGGUGUGCUGCUCCACUGUGAGGGGGGGUUUGUGAUUUUCAUGGCUGUUGGGGAGAAGCAUAAUUUGAUCUAUAAAUUCAAAUCCCAGUUCACUGAAGCCCUGUACCCUGCCUUCUGGUUAUUUUCCAGUGGCACUGUUCUCUCUCUCUGCCAAAUUCAACAGUCUGAUCGUGCAUUUUAAUGUAGUUUGACUGGGUACUCAGAUGCAGAUAAUCAGUCCUGCAGCAACUCCUUAUAUGUCUUAGCCUAAGAAGUCUCAAAGAUUUAUUGAGACAAAAAUUACUAGCUCUUCUAAGCAAUUUGGGACAUCUACUGAUUCUUUGGUCUGAAUUGCUAAAGUUUUUGACAGCUAUUUAUCCUUCUCAAAGCAAAGUUUGUAUCACAACGAUUGUUGAAUCUGUCAUUCUGUUAAAUAUCUUCAGUAGCCUUCUGUGGUUUGCUGUAAAGGAUCUCCAGAGUUAAUUUUCUGGUCUGAAUAUGUUUCACAGGUAGCAACUCUUUGAGAAUGAAACAGGUAGAAUUCCUUGACAAAUUCAUGUUUCAGGCUUAGAGGUAGGUCUCUGUGUUGCCUUUUUCUGUAAUCUUUUAUUGUAUUCUACAAUAUGUGUUUCUCAAUGAGAUGUUCAGAAUGAACUAUUAAAGUCAUUAGCUCCAGGUCUUAUGACACCAAGUUAGAAAAGUCAAUAUGACAAAUCUCGUCAUAAUGGAAUUGCAGAGACUUCCAGAGCUGAGGGGUAAGAAAUGGUGUCAAUCACCAGGAAAUAAAUGACUUGGAGACUGUUAAUAUCGCAGAGAGUUUUCAGGAAGACAUCCUGUGGAACAGUAGUGUGUGCCCUGGAAUAAUACAGUUUGUGGGAUGAAGCAGUCUGUCUCAUGUUCUGACCCAGAAGAUGCUUCUCAUCCUCACACUGAAGGCUCUUCAGCGUUUUUUUGUGUGCUGAGGAAUUCACAGGGUGCAUUUUUGGCUUGCACAGGGAGCACAAGUGUGCUCUUCAGUUAAAACCUAGACAAGGUGCUUUAGAGACACUUGCAGGAAUUCAGGCUUAGUGUCUCUAUUUUUACUUGGUUUGUAGGCCCUUAGUACUUUGUCAA